CCUAAACCGAUCUUAAGUUUAUUUCUUCCAUGUCGGCUCGCAAUUUCUUCAGCACAGGUCGCAAGAUCGUUGCCAUCGGUCGUAACUUUUCGGAACAUGCCAAAGAGUUAGGUAAUGCUGUUCCCAAGUCACCAUUCUUCUUUUUGAAGCCCACUACAUCAUACCUGGCAAACGGUGGAUCCAUCGAAGUACCUCAGGGAUGUGAUGUUCAUCAUGAAAUUGAACUCGCUGCUGUCAUUGGCCGAGACGCUCGAGACGUCUCUCCUUCUGAUGCAAUGGACUACGUUGAAGGAUAUGCUUUGGCGAUCGAUAUGACGGCCCGAGAUUUGCAGGCAAAAGCUAAAGCCAAGGGUCUGCCCUGGAGUGCCGCCAAAGGAUUUGACACAUUUACACCAAUCAGUGAUUUUAUCCCAAAGAACGCCAUUUCAAACCCACAUGAUGUCAACUUGUGGCUCAAAGUCAAUGAUACCAUCAAGCAAAAUGGAAAUACGAAGGACAUGAUUUUUGAAAUCCCAAAGCUUAUUGCUUACGUAUCCACCAUCAUGAAGCUAGAGGCUGGAGAUGUUCUGUUAACCGGAACCCCUGCAGGCGUUGGACCAAUUAGACCUGGCGAUACUGUUACUGCUGGCUUGAGACCAGCUGGUGCAGCAAAGGACUUGGUCAACAUCAAAUUCGAUGUUAUUGAGCGUAAAGGAAAUUACAAAGAUUAGUCAAUAAAAAAGGCAUAUUAUAAAAUUU